CCUGUCUUAACAAUCCUUUACGGAAUAAUAGUCGAUUAUUAUACCGAGUUUCAAACCCAUGCGAUAAGCACUAGUGAAUUUUCUGAAGGAGUAAUAUACUUUUCGUUAAUUUCUGUAUAUUUCGGAAUUGGCGUGUUUGUUGCUACGUAUAUAUCCGUGGCUGCCUGGGUAUAUACUGGUGAAAGAAUUGCUCGACCAAUCCGUGAACAGUAUUUUCGCGCAAUUCUUAGACAAAAUAUGGCUUAUUUCGACAAAUACGGCUUAGGUGAAGUUACUACUCGCAUUACUUCUGAUCGCAUUACUUCUGAUGUACAUUUGAUACAAGAUGGUAUCAGCGAAAAAGUCACUCUCGCUUUUCAA